UUGCCAAGCAAAACCUUUCCAGCACCGGAUAAUAUUCAGAGAACUUUGCCUCGCCAACGGCUUCCUGAUGUGUUCAAUCGCGACUCACUCCCCACGUUUCCUGACUUGAUGAUCCGUCUCGGAGUGCUUCACCUGGUUUCUGUCCAAGUCAUCAAGGUUACUGAGAUGUCAAUAGCAGCGAAUCGGAAGGGUUCUUGAGAGUCGAAGCUACAACAACACAUGUAGUCGAUGUUAUCUGCAAAGCGAGCAGUGUUCUCGAUUCCUGCCAGGUAACCUAUGUAUAGGAUACUUUGAGAAAUUUAUUUGUCGUCCUCAAAUACACUCUCAGUAAAUUGCAAUCUGUUAGAAGAAAUCGCUGGACAGUAUAUCUCGGUGCCAAGGACUUCGAAGCGACUUGCAACCGGGAUCUUCCUUCACCCGCGAUCCAUGGCAUUGUUUUUACUCUGACAGACGGAACGCACUCCUGAUACAGUUCCCGUGUGAGCCCCAGCCAGAACGCGAUUUCAGUUGACACGAGGGUGUGUCGGUGCAGGUGACUUGCGGAGUUUGUCUGUAGUAUGAGGUAUUCAGACUGGUAACGGUCUGUACGGCGUAAACGGGAGAAACAAAUCCGACUACGGCAUCACAGGAAUUCUUGCUUGGCAUCCGCUCGGGUUGGGAAGGUUUCUAGACCAAUGAUUGCGCGUGCACUAGGACAACUGAACAGGCCACUACAGUUCCAUGAGUCCCGUAUCUCGCCGGACAUCUGGUUGCGCAGUACGAAAACACUAGCACUCAUCCCUGUCUUCUGAAAGUAUUAUCAACGUUAGGCAGAGGGCGGACGGAAUGAUCCUGCACCGAAAGCUUCUAUAUCCAGCGCGUUUCGUACUCCCGUACAACCAUCUUCAGUCGCUGCUUACGGUCUCUGAGCAACAGAAAGUCCGCAACAUAUACACGUAAUUGAUCUUAGACACUAUAAGGUCAUGAGAUUGGGUCGGGAAGCGAGACCAGUCAAAGGACUGUUCCUGGUGGAUGUUUCUGCUGUUACACCUUAUCCAGUAAUUGCAUAGAGACGGUCGACGAGAUCAUUAGCCUUGAUGUCUGAAGUUGCUUUGUCUUCCCGUUUGUUUCCUUGGCUCGUGGGAACAUCACGGAUCCAGAUUGGACGUCUAACUUUGAUGGCACCGUCUUUGGCACAAAUGAGAUGGCAGUUCUGAAACUGCGAAAGUGUAGCUUCCCUUCAGAGAAUGACAAAGGGGCACGUUCGUCGUUGCCGUGUACCCGCUUACGCCCCCGUCUUGAUAAACAGAUAUGUGAUGUGCACACGGAUGUGCCUUUGUGCUAAAAACUGCAGUUGUGGCUGGAGGAUUCCACCACGGCUCGCGUAGGCUGAGGGCGAUCAGAUUCCUAUUAGACGAAGUUGUUCCCAUUGCCCGCAAAGCCUCCAAGCUGUGAUUCGCCGUGAUAGAUCCCAACAGGCACUUACGUUCGAGAUUGCUGAGUAGCCUUGACAACAGCGUGCCGCCCGCCGCUAAGAAAGGACAUGCCGGCGAGUUGUUUCCGAGGCACGAACGGGAAGAUGGAGAUGGAGGUCAGAAACCUUCGCCGGGGAGACGGCGAUUGGCGGCCAGCGCACGAUGUGCGGAUUAUUAGAAAAACUAUGAAAAUCAUUAGACAUGCGUCGGCUGCCGUCGUCCAGGUGAUUGAACAUAGGGUAGAUAAAAAGCAGAUGUUGGUUUAUGCAUGGUCAAGACUAAGAGAACUGCUGCUGUUACUGCCGGAACGUAUCCCCUUACCAAACCCAACGACCUUCGACGUUAGCGUGUUGGUUCGCCAAGUAUAGAGACCCGUGCGGCGGCAUGCUGGGUGUCAUUCGCUCCAUGUCCUCCUCUUCCCAUCUCCUCGCAGACGACAAUGACAACGACGUGUAUUCGACACCGCCGUCGACGCCAAUGAAUCCAUUCAAUCCAACAUCAUCCGCUCACGCUGAGUCUCGGCUUGUCGGCGUGACCUCGAAUGGAGACGCGCCUGUGUCUGAGGCCAAGCCAUCUCUAUCCCGACGCGGUAGUCGACCUAGCAGCCUCCUUCUCGCACAGCACGACAAGCAACACUGGAUGUCCGAUGUACAGUUAGAGUCGGGCUCGCCAGACGCUCGACGCAGCGACGCUGAUGGAGGCAAACUCUAUACUAACGCAGAUGACACGCAGCCCGUUACUAGUCCGACUCGCUUCGUCGAAUCGGACUCUCAUGCGUCAAAACAAUCCUCGCUUUCUCAGCAAACAGUUUCCCCGGCAAGGACGACGACGUCAGCUCCUGAACAGUACUCCCAGAUGCAGACAAAUUUAAAUUUAAACACUGCAACCAGCACCACAAGUCUCACGAGCAGCAGCUCGACCACGGGCUCAUCUACAAUCACCCAGCGUCAGUCCCCAGUGGCCGGAGUCGCACAACAUUACCCUCAUUCCCAUCCUCAAAAGCAACUGUCGCUCGCCGCCAAGUCGCCCUGUUUCGUGCACUCGUUCCUUGACAAGGGCGCAUCAUUGGGCGACUGGCUCAAAGGAAAACACACUAACAUGAUGGGUGUCCCCUCGUCGCUCGCGCCCCACGCGGAGAAGCCUGCUCUGUACCCUAACCACAGUCAACCCAACUUGGAGAUGAAUCAGAACAAGCAUCCGCACCUGCAUCGCCCCUUCGUCCAGGCCAUGCAUCCUGCAAUGCCGUUGCCGCAACCACCACACUCCCCUGGAAGCUCGCCUGAUAGUGACUUUGACGAUGAGGAAGAAGGUGCGAGUCUUACACGGCAGCUCGCGGAGACCGCCGUAGGCGUCCGUGAGAUGAGCAAGCAGCUGGGUCGAGCAAGGAUCCGCUCCAACAUUCAGAACGUACUCAUCAUUACGAAGGCGCGAGACAACCGACUGAUUAAACUUACCCGCGAGAUUGCGCUGUAUCUUAUGCAAAAGCCACGGAAUGAUGGUCGUGGUCUCGUUGUAUAUGUGGACAACCAGCUACGUUACUCAAAGCGCUUCGAUGCGGCAGGUAUCGAACGCGAACACCCCGAAUUAUUUGUACCCUUUCCCCGCCGACGAUCAUCAAGCAGCCAUGCUCUUGCUGCAAUGGCUAAUGGCGAUGGAAACGGAAACGGAAAUGGGUCUGGCUCGGAGGCUUCGAUGAACCAAGGAGGCCAGCUACGCUAUUGGACGAGCGACAUAUGCAGCCGGAGCCCGCAUCUCUUUGAUUUCGUCGUCACUCUUGGCGGUGACGGGACUGUCCUUUUUACUUCAUGGCUCUUUCAGCGCAUCGUGCCACCCGUCUUGCCCUUUGCACUGGGCUCUCUCGGUUUCCUUACGAACUUCGACUUCGCGGACCACCGAGCAGUCAUGGACAGUGCGAUCGACAAUGGCAUCCGAGUCAAUCUACGUAUGCGUUUCACUUGCACAGUCUACCGUGCUGUGGCACCUGAACCUGGCAAGGGUAGGCGAGCAGUGAAGAAAGCUGAUACUGGUGAAAUCAUGAUGCGCAACCUGGAGAAGGGCGGCUGGGAGGCACUGGAAGGCGGUUGGAGCGAAGCUGCAUCCUCGAAGGAGGGAAAGAAGUGUGGGAAGGAUAAAGAGAUUAUGUGCUUCACGACUCGUCCUGUAGAGAGCUUUGAGGUGCUCAACGACCUUGUCGUUGACCGUGGUCCCAGUCCGUACAUGUCUUUACUUGAGCUCUUCGGUGAUGAGCAUCAUAUGACAACUGUUCAAGCGGAUGGAUUAACUGUGUCCACACCUACCGGGUCCACAGCUUAUUCGCUCUCAGCAGGCGGAUCACUUGUUCACCCUGAGAUCCCUGCGCUCUUGAUCACGCCCAUCUGUCCGCACACAUUAUCAUUCCGCCCAAUGCUCCUGCCUGACAGCAUGGAACUGCGUAUAUGCGUCCCAUUUAACUCGCGGAGCACUGCAUGGGCGUCAUUUGACGGGCGGGGCCGCGUGGAACUCAAACAGGGUGACCAUAUCAAGGUGACAGCAUCGAAAUACCCAUUCCCAACGGUUUGUGCAGAUAAGCAGUCGACCGAUUGGUUCCAAGCGAUUCAGCGAACGCUCAAAUGGAACGAGCGUGAGCGACAGAAAUCGUUUGUGGUGGUUGAGGAGGGACCUGCCAAGCCGAAAUCACAGAAGCAUAAGCGCUAUAACGAACAGAUCACCGCGGCAGUUGCGAAACCGGUUAUCUCGGAUGUCCCUGAGGAAGAUCGAAACGCUGAGGAUGAUGAGGAAGAUGAAGUUUCUGACGAUGGCGAGGAAGAGGAAGAGAAGUUCGAUAUUGACGACUCUAGUGCACCGGAGGCGAGCAAGUCAGAGUCGAGUACUGAUCUUGUCGCAAUGGCAAAGGCUCGGGAGGAGGAACGGGCGAAGGAAGAGGCGGCGCAGGCACGCGCUGCGGCACUUGCAUUGACGGGACAUGAAGAGGGCUCUGACACUAUUGGUUCGACGUGGUUGCGCGAACGGAGUGAUACCAUCCGCUCUGGGAUCCAAACUCCAGACCGUUUCGCAGGCGCACACCCACACCCCCCGCGCGUCUCACCUCGACAUGUCUCGUUCGGUGAUGAAAUCACUGAAUCAGCCUCCUCGGGGACGUCGGGAGAGAAAGGCGAUCGAGACCAUAUUCACUCACCACAGUUGUUGAGCAGUGGACGGUCACGCAUACCGCGAGACCGCGAUCUGGAGGCCGAGAGUGCGAAAACGCCGACAAUGUCAAAUUGGGAACUUCGUGCCAGGGAUGAUGACCAACCGCACCGAGUGCACCGAAGCCGGUCACGCGAGCCUAGUUCCGUCGGGCGAGCAUUCGCUGUGUGGGGUCAGGAUGAGAGCGACAGUAACACGAGUGACAGUGAUGUCUAAGCUUCAUCGCUGCCUGCUCGUCUUCCAUUUUCUUUACUACAUGGGUCGUACGACUUUCUUGCUUUCAAGCACGUCGUUCGUGGCAUUGCUUUCCACGUUCUUUAAUUCUUGGUUUGCGUUGUAAUCUAGACUAGUGCAAUCCUUUUGCAUUCCGUUCAUUUCUCAGCGUUGCUUUGCUUAUUAUUCACACAUUAAAACGUAGAUAAAGACACACGGAACA